AUGCUUUCAGGACUCAGAAGGCGCAAAGAGGACCGGUCGGAAGACGAUCCGAUUACCCAGCCAAAUCCGCUAGUGGAUGCGAUGGAGGAGGAUGACGACGAUUUGAGUGACUCCCAAUCGGAAGAACAAGAAAAGAAGAAGAGCAGAAGACCGAAGGAAAACGCUUUCACACAACAGAAGCUCAAAGCAUACCAUCCUAUCCUCACGCCGAAAACUGUGAUUCCCCUACUUCUUGUAAUCGCCAUAAUAUUCGUUCCUAUCGGCGCUGGAAUGCUGUACGGAUCAUAUCAGGUGCAGGAAUUUGUGAUUGAUUAUAGUGACUGCAAGACAUUGGCAAGUCCGGAUUACUUUAGCGAAAUCCCUGAGGAGAACUACAGAUUCCAGUUUAAAAAGGAUAUCACAGUAAAGCCACAGUGGAAAUUGGCUACCAACGAGUCUUCUUACUGGAAUGGGUUCGACGAGGAACGUGACAUAUGCCAAAUACAGUUUCAGAUUCCAAACCAGAUUGGUCCUCACGUCUACUUUUUCUACCGUUUAAACAAUUUCCAUGCGAACCACAGAAGAUACGUGAAAAGCUUCAGUGAAGACCAGCUUAAUGGAAAAGCUGCCUCCGUUUCCACCAUUAAAGACACCGUGGGACAAAACUGCGAACCUUUGUCGGUUAACGAGGAAGGUAAAAAGUACUAUCCUUGUGGACUGAUUGCUAAUUCCUUGUUUAAUGACACGUUUUCCAUCUUCUCCGCUGUUAAUGAUACGACGAACGACUACAUGCUUUACAGAGAGGGCAUUGCCUGGUCUACCAACAAAGACCGCUUCAAGAAGACGAAAUAUAAGGCCUCAGAAGUUGUUCCUCCGCCAAACUGGUAUAAAGCGUAUCCAGAGGGUUACAAUGAUACGAACAUGCCAGACAUAAGCGAGUGGUACGAAUUUCAAAAUUGGAUGCAGCCUUCGGCUCUUCCACUCUUUUCCAAAAUGAUCUCGAGAAACGAUGACGAUGUGCUUCCAGAGGGUAUAUACCAGGUUGAUGUGGGCUACCAUUUCCCGGUCACCCCUUACAAUGGUAGUAAGUAUUUAUACCUGUCGACGAGAAGCGUGAUUGGAGGCAAGAACUCCUUUUUGGGAAUUAGCUGGAUUGUGGCAGGAGGUAUCUGCUUUGUUCUUUCCCUCAUUUUCUUAAUUGUGAACGUUGUUCACCCACGGAGAUCAGGCGAUUUGAGCCUGUUGUCAUGGAAUAAAGAAUAA